GAGAGAGAUUGCGACCGACCGACCGACAGGCAAAGAGCUGCAUGCAACCGGUGGGAAGCCGGGCUGGCUGGGGCUGGGGCUCAGGCCGUUUCUCGGCGAGUCCUUGGCGGCAAGCGCGGACGGCCCGGAGGCGACGGCUCUGAGCUGGCAGGCGGAGGGUUGUCUCCCGCGCCCGCCUGCCCGGCGCGGUCCGAGGAUGCGGGGGGGCGAUGCCCGGGGCCAGGGACGCGCUCUGUCACCAGGCGCUGCAGCUGCUGGCCGAGCUCUGUGCCCGUGGGGCCCUGGAGCACGAGAGCUGCCAGGAUUUCAUUUACCACCUGCGGGACCGCUCGAGACCCCGGCUCCGCGACCCAGAUAUCUCAGUGAGCCUGCUGACCCUUGUGGUCACUGCCUGUGGCCUCGCUCUCUUUGGCGUGUCUCUCUUCGUGUCUUGGAAACUCUGCUGGGUUCCGUGGCGAGAAAGAGGCCUGUUCUCUGGUAGCAAAGACAACAACCAGGAGCCUCUUAACACGGACACAGAGACCAAUGAGCAAGAGAACAGUGAGGGCUUCCUAGACCCUCCCAGCCCCUGCCCUGACUCCUCCAUGAAGAUCAGCCACACCUCCCCUGACAUUCCCCUCUCUACCCAGCUGGGGGGCCAGGAGAACUGUGCGCAUGGCGUCCGCGUGCAACGCCAAGUCACAGAGCCAACCUCAUCAACUCGGCGUAAUUCAAUCCGAAGACAACUCAACCUGUCAAACCCAGACUUCAAUAUCCAGCAGCUUCAAAAACAGGAACAGUUGACUGGAAUUGGUCGAAUUAAACCAGAGUUAUAUAAGCAGAGGUCAUUGGAUAAUGAUGAUGGGAGAAGGAGUAACAGCAAAGCCUGUGGGAAACUGAACUUCAUUUUAAAAUAUGACUGUGACUUAGAGCAGCUCAUAGUGAAGAUUCACAAAGCUGUCAAUUUGCCCGCCAAGGACUUUUCUGGGACUUCAGAUCCUUACGUCAAGAUCUAUUUGCUUCCCGAUCGGAAAACGAAACACCAGACUAAAGUUCACAGAAAGACACUGAACCCUGUGUUUGAUGAAGUGUUUUUGUUUCCGGUUCCCUACAAUGACCUUGCAGCCCGGAAGCUUCACUUCUCUGUGUACGACUUUGACAGGUUCUCUCGCCAUGACCUAAUCGGCCAAGUGGUGGUGGAUCACUUCUUAGACUUGGCCGAUUUCCCCAGGGAGUGCAUCCUUUGGAAGGAUAUAGAAUAUGUCACCAAUGACAACGUGGAUCUUGGAGAGUUGAUGUUUUCACUCUGCUACCUUCCAACAGCUGGCAGGCUGACCAUUACCGUGAUAAAAGCAAGGAAUUUAAAGGCAAUGGAUAUAACAGGAGCAUCAGAUCCGUACGUGAAAGUCUCGCUGAUGUGUGAUGGCAGACGGCUGAAGAAGAGGAAAACAUCCACCAAGAGGAACACCCUGAAUCCUGUUUACAAUGAAGCCAUAGUCUUUGACGUCCCUCCCGAGAACAUUGACCAAAUCCACUUGUCCAUAGCAGUCAUGGACUAUGACCGUGUAGGUCACAAUGAGAUCAUCGGUGUGUGUCAAGUAGGCAACGAAGCUGAGAGGCUUGGCAGAGACCACUGGAGUGAAAUGUUGUCGUAUCCUCGGAAGCCCAUCGCACACUGGCAUUCUCUGGUGGAGAAACGAUGACUAUGGGUAAGAGGACUUCUUUGCCAAGGAUACAGUAGGACAACCAUCUUACAAAGAUCUUAAUAACUUCCUACCCAACAACACCCAGACGACUCCAGUGACCAAAUACUCAGCUGUAACCGCAGCAAUAACUGGCCCUCUUUCCAGACUGGGUUUGGUGAACUUGUAACGUCCAGCUGUCUUCAGGUGGCCUAAGAUGGUGCUGUAGGGGAAGCACGUCUCAAUGGCCAGGAAGCAAGAUCAGACUGUGGAAGAAACCGACUGAUACAGUGAGAGUACUAAGAAUACCUAGCGUACCAGGACUCUUGGUGAUUAACAUAAAGCCCUUGGCGAUGGGGUCGCAGCACCUGCCGUCACGCCGGCAACAUCACGCCGACGUGAUGUUAUUUGCUUUGAAUGCCCUGGAAGGACAGAAUAUUUUAAAAUAUAUCCAGGUGCUAAAUAGGCAGCAGAUCUAAUUCAUACUAGACUACCUUUGAGCUAAUAACUGUCUCCAGAAAAUAAUUUCACCCAAGAAGUGCUCCAGCUUUGUAAGGAAUAGCCCCAGGAGAGCAAUAUUCCCCUGGAGAAAAUCUAGCGCAAGGAGGGCUAGUUCACAGCAAAUUCACUGCCCCCUCCCAUGCACAUGGCAGCGAGUACCAGUUGGACUUAGCCCUCUCUUCUGCUAAACCCAGCUCCUGAGAAGUCAGGAGCCUCAACACUGUUUUCUAGAUAGCCAAAAGCCACUUUCUUUCACCUGGUGUUAGCAUUAGAAUGAACAUUAAAUGUCAUCCCCUUUAGAGAGGCAUACAUCUCAAUGGUGUAAGCAUUCUGAAAUAGCCCCUUCCCCAGGCACAUUUCUCCACUGAGGGAGCAGCCUCAGAAAUAGAUGUACCAUUGUGUGAGCUGUGUUCAUGAGAGAGAACACAGCUGUUCCCUGAAUGAAGGCACGCAGGACUUUUGAGCCUUCCUGGCCUGAGUGCCUUCUGGGGUAUUUCCAUAUGCAACGACCCAGAGGCAUCGCCUCGGGUAGCCACAGACAGGUUUCCUUUUCACUUCCAGAAACAUACAUCACUCUCACAGCACUUGGGGAAUGGAAAUACCUACAAGAGUGAAGGUCAAGGGCUCUCCCCGGGUAUCUCAUUCAUUACUCAGCUUCCUUUGUGACCAUAUCAGCCAAGCCACUGCCAGCUGUAUUUCUCAUCCUCAUUGCUUCUGCCUCCAUAUAAAUGAAACCAAAGGCCUCAGCAUACCAUGGGAAGGGGCUGUUACCUAGUGGUCCUCUCUCUCCCAUGAUGGAUACAAAGUACCCUAUCCACACAUUUUCACCACUUCUCCAAGAUAACAUUUCCCUUUUCAUACAAUCCCUUUGCAGCAAUAUCCAGAGUUGGAUGUAGUUUACCUUCCUAGGAAGCUCAUUAUCUUCAUUUGAAUUAACAUUUCAAUGUAGGACUCACUGGGUGGAAGCAGGAUGAUUGCAAAUCUUCAGCAAGUUCUUGUUGCCACAGCUGUCUGGUAUAAGAAACUACCCCGAUACCAAAUCUCAAAAAGAUGGAGGCCAUUGGUUGUGUGAGGCAGUGUUACUACACUCCAGCUUCAUGUGUUCCUCAGCCUGCCUAAUUCAUUUUCAUCUCUAAUUGGCUUUCAGUCUCCAGGAUCCAAAAGGAACCCGAGGUUCUGCCUAUGCUUGAUGACAUGAGAAGAAUACAACUUCUUUACCCAAGGUUCCUCUAUGCCUAUUCCUCCCCAUUCAGGCAUCCUCCAUACACCAUACCAGUGUUUAGGACCAAAGCAUAAAAGACUAGUGCCAGCAGGAUAGUCAGCAGAAAUAUUAUCUCCAGAGCUAGGCAGACGAGCCCAGAAGAAUUGAUCCCAGAGAAACCAGACUGGCCCCAACAGAUAUCAGGCAACCAUCCCAAUAAACUUUGACAUAUCCAUGGCACUGGAAGCGUGGAUAGGAGAUCCUGCGGCAGCUGUGCCUGUUGUUCCCCUCCCCGAAGAUCUUUCUGCCCAGAAACCUAGCAGCCCUGGGGUAUUAAUGAGUAUGCUACUGGUUUGUUGGUAUGAAACAGAAGGUGGCUUUCUAGGGUCCAGCAGGUAAAAAAGCCUACCCACAUGGCAGGCAGGGGGCUUCAUGUCUGGAAAGCUUUGCCUAGCUGGUCCAGCUGUGGCCAGAGGCCAGUUAUAAAUUCAAACUCCCAGAGCCCAUCUGUAACUCUGUCUCUGUUCUCUUGCAUUGUUUGGUUUCUCUUUAGUUUCCUAGUAAAUGUUCCUUUUGAAAAUUCCAA